AUGACAGAGUAUACAACUUCCCCAGAGGCUGUCCAGGUCUUUAGAAACUCCCGGGAACGUACUGAGCACUGGGUCCGUUCUCACUCGCCAUUCCAUUCCCAGUUCUAUUCCCCAGAGAGUCCCCCAUCCGUCGUCAGUGAUAUAGAUAUCGACGAGUCUAGCUCAGACAACGGCAGCUCGCAUUCCUUGCCUCCGAAGAUGAUGUUGAAGUAUGGGGACGGACGCGACGUUCCUAUCUCACACUGGCACUAUGAUAAUGGUGGCUCUCACAAAGGAAGCAGUCAUAGUUCCAGUUCUCAUCUCCAUCCUCAACACAGCCAUCACCACCGGUAUCGUCACUCCUCUGCACGUGCAGAUCCUGAAGAUUUAGAACCUGAAGAAAUCCAAAUCCUUCCCUCUGACCCACACGCCACUCCCUAUGACUCGAGAAACGAAAAAUAUCGGCCACGUAGAGCUUCAGAACCUUACCGGCCCGAACCCUUGCAAUCCCCGCCCCACAAAAACGCUGUAGAAAUCCUGGCCACACCCUUGCCACGACACGUUCCCAGCCAUCAUGGUAGUGCUGCCCCGCCAGUUACUUACUCGCAUUCACAGCCCAUUCCUCGACAAUACGAGCAGCACCAUCCCGCACAUUCGCAUUCGAGACAUCGGCCUCCGCCUUCGAUCGUAUAUGCACCCGGUCCUCACCACGCUACCGAUCAUUAUGCUCCACCGACUAUUGUUUAUGCCCCAACUAAGGCACCAGGCAUGACGUAUACGGUGUCUGCGCCCACGGGUUCAGGGUUUCCACAGUACCCGCGUAUUACUCCUGCCCCAUACCCCGCUGCUCAUAGUCAUCUCGCGUCUAUUCAUGAAGAAGCGCGGUAUGGGAUGAGAGGGCCCCUUUCGAGGGAAGAUCGGUCGAGAGCGCCUUCGCCGAUAGGCGAGGGUGAUAGCUGCGAGUCGGGCAGCACGUACUAUGUUAUACCCACUCCUGGCCAGAAGGUGAAGGUCUUGCCCGGCCCCGUGCCUUCCCUUUACACGGCCACGUCGACCACUAAAUCGCCAUCGUCUCCUCAAUCUGGCAGCAUGGGAUUCAAGCGACCGUUUUUCAGCAGGCUUUUUAGCUUUGCGUCUGAUCUAUCAAAAGUAUCCAAAGCCCCGAAGUUUUCCUCAAAGACCAAGCUACAACGACGCCAUUCUUUAGACACGACCAGGGGUGUUCAUAUACGACACCGGUCGUGACAUUUACGUAUGUUCUGGGAUAAUGAUUUUUUUUUCAUUGGCUUGCUCUACUGUUUUACGUUUGUCUUUGUCGGAUAGACUUUGGAUAGACUCUAUGCAUUCAUAUGUACGCAUAUGCAUUGCCCCUGCAUUGUACGAUACUGACAGCACUGUAGCGCUAAUUUUCCACUCAUUUUCAUUUUUUUUUUCUGCCGGCGUUUAUGAUCGUACCGUAACCUCAUUUCGUUCAUGUAACUUGUGGAUUCGUUGUAGCAGGGUGGUCGCAAUAAUGACAGCUUGUGACAUUUUUGAAUCAGACAUCAACGUGGUACCGCAGAGUUGUGAAUACACAUGUCAUUCAUUAAUACAGCAACUUCCGUGAAGCACGAAGACACCGUUUAAUGAAUUGUCAUCUCGCAAACUCUCUUUGACA